GAUUUACAAACAUACUGUGAUUUUCCUGAUAUCAUUGAUGUCAGCAUUAAACAAGCAAGCCAGGAAGGCUCCAGUGAGAGAAGAAUUGUCACCAUUCACAAACAGGACAGCAAGAAUCUGGAGGCUGAAUUUCAGUCAUUAAGAGAAGCUCUUUCCUUUGUAUCAUUAAUUGAUGGAUAUUACAGAUUAACUGCAGAUGCCCAUCAUUACCUCUGUAAAGAAGUAGCACCACCAUCAGUCCUUGAAAAUAUCCAAAGCAACUGUCAUGGACCAAUUUUCAUGGACUUUGCUAUCAGCAAACUGAAGAAAGCAGGUAAUCAGACUGGUUUCUACGUCCUUCGGUGCAGUCCCAAAGAUUUUAGAAAAUACUUCCUUACCUUUGCCAUUGAGCGUGACAAUACCACAGAUUAUAAGCACUGCUUAAUUACAAAGAAUGAGAAUGGAGAAUACAAUCUUAGUGGAACCAAGAGAAAUUUUAGUAAUCUUAAGGAUCUCUUGACCUGUUACCAGACAGAAACUGUCCGUUCAGACAGCAUAAUUUUCCAGUUCAUCAAAUGCUGUCCUCCAAAACCAAAGGAUAAAUCAAAUCUCCUAGUCUUCAGAAGCAAUAGUGUUUCUGAUGUACCUUCCUCACCUACACUACAGAGACAUAAUAAUGUCAGUCAGAUGGUCUUUCACAAAAUCCGUAAUGAGGACUUGAUAUUCGAGGAGAGUCUUGGACAGGGCACAUUUACUAAGAUUUUCAAAGGUGUGAGGAAAGAAGUAGGAGACUAUGGCCAGCUUCAUCAGACUGAAGUUCUUUUGAAGGUGCUGGAUAAAGUACAUAGAAACUACUCCGAGUCCUUCUUUGAGGCAGCAAGUAUGAUGAGCCAGCUUUCUUAUAAACAUUUGGUGUUAAAUUACGGAGUCUGCGUAUGUGGAGAAGAGAACAUCCUUGUACAAGAAUAUGUAAAAUUUGGAUCCUUGGACACAUAUUUGAAAAAGAACAAAAAUGUAAUCAAUAUCUUGUGGAAGCUGGAAGUGGCCAAACAGUUGGCAUUAGCCAUGCAUUUUCUGGAGGAUAAAGGCCUUGUUCAUGGGAAUGUCUGUGCAAAAAACAUCUUGCUUAUCAGAGAGGAAGACAGGAAGUCUGGAAACCUACCAUUUAUAAAACUAAGUGAUCCUGGCAUCAGUAUUACAGUUUUGCCAAGAGAUAUUCUUCUUGAGAGAAUACCAUGGGUUCCACCUGAAUGUAUUGAGAAUCCCAAACAACUAAGCCUGGCCACAGACAAAUGGAGUUUUGGUACCACCUUGUGGGAAAUCUGCAGUGGAGGAGACAAACCUCUGAGUGCUUUGGAUUCUUCAAGGAAACUACAGUUUUAUGAAGAUAGGCACCAGCUUCCUGCCCCAAACUGGACAGAACUUGCAAACCUUAUUAACAACUGUAUGGAUUAUGAGCCAGAUUUCAGGCCUUCAUUUAGAGCAAUUAUACGUGACUUGAAUAGUUUGUUCACUCCAGAUUAUGAGCUAUUGACAGAAAGUGAUAUGUUGCCAAAUAUGAGAAUUGGAGCACUUGGAUUUUCUGGUGCAUUUGAAGAUCGUGACCCAACACAAUUUGAAGAAAGACAUCUAAAGUUUUUACAGCAACUUGGCAAGGGAAAUUUUGGCAGCGUUGAGAUGUGCCGGUAUGACCCACUGCAGGAUAAUACUGGGGAGGUGGUGGCUGUGAAAAAGCUGCAACAUAGCACAGAAGAGCACCUUAGGGACUUUGAAAGAGAAAUUGAAAUACUUAAAUCUCUGCAGCAUGAUAACAUCGUUAAAUACAAAGGAGUAUGCUACAGUGCAGGUCGUAGAAAUCUAAGAUUAAUUAUGGAAUAUUUACCAUAUGGAAGCUUACGAGAUUAUCUGCAGAAACACAAGGAGAGACUGGACCACAAGAAGCUUUUGCUGUAUGCAUCUCAGAUCUGCAAG